AUUUUUCCAAAGAGCUCACCAUUAUAAUUUCAAAAACGCAAUUGCGUGGUUCCCGUUGCCAAUUCUCGGAAGCCGGCCGAUGUCGAGUCCAAAAUUGCAAAAAUCUCUGCCGUGCCUCUCGUCUCUCUUCUCAGGCGCCACGCAAAACGUUCUCCGUUUUCCCUCUCCGGAUCCGGCCCGCGGGGGCCAGGAGCUACCGAUGAUCCGGACCGCAACGGUGCGAGCGCGUCUCCUCCUAUCGCGCUCCUACGUAGCACAGGCACAGGCAGCUUCUCGCUGGCCUCUCGUCCGCUGGAAGGCUUCGCAUCUUGGAUCUGUACGCUCUUUCUAUCAGAUGGACAUUACAAGGCAAUACAAAAAUAAAAGUUUGACUGCAAGAGGGUGCCAUAGCUCCCCUGAGAGUCAAGAAUUAGCAAUGAAAAGCUGUGUUCCAUGCAACUCUAAGGAUUUAGGUCCCAUGUCAGAAGAUUCUGCUAAAAAGUUGCUUGAACAGGUGAAUGGUUGGGAACUGAUCACUGAAGGUGGUGUUCUGAAAUUACAUAGAACAUGGAAGGUGAAGAACUUUGUUAAAGGACUUGAGUUCUUUCAGCUUGUUGCUGCUAUUGCUGAGGAAGAAGGUCACCAUCCAGAUCUUCAUCUUGUUGGUUGGAAUAAUGUGAAAAUUGAUGUUUGGACUCAUUCUGUCACGAUGGAGAAGCCAAAUGUUGAGGACACCUCGCCCUGAGUGAGAUUAACUUGCUGAAAUGUAGUGCCUUAUUCAGUAGCUCAUUUUACCUUGUUAUUAAUUAGUAAUUUGCAUGAGUAGACGUUGAAUCCAUCAUUGUACUUGGUUACCUACUUACCUUGCCUGUCAGUUUUGGAAAGACACAUGGUCGAGUAAACAUACCGAUCCAUUGCCACU